AUGAGAGACCCACUACCACAGUAUGACGAGAAGGAUGAGGAGAAAGAACAGGAUGACGACCAAGAUCCAUUCAAGGCUCUCCCGGAGGAAGAAGCCGAGAUCUUGAGACGACAACUCGAAAUCCCGCCCGUCACAGUCACCUACCGUCAGCUAUAUCGAUAUGCGACCCGAAACGACAUGAUCAUCCUAUGGGUCAGCGCAUUCUGUGCCAUCGCUGCGGGUGCCGCCAUGCCGCUGAUGACAGUCGUAUUUGGUAACCUGGCAGGUGAAUUCCAAGGCUUUUUCCUCGGAACUGUCACACCAGACGUCUUCCGCUCGGAGAUCAGCCGGUUGACCCUAUACUUUGUUUACCUCGCUAUUGGUGAGUUUGUCACCAGCUACAUCUGUACCGUCGGCUACAUCUACGCCGGUGAGCACAUCACCGCCAAAAUCCGACAGCGCUACCUCGAAAGCAUCCUCCGUCAGAACAUCGGCUAUUUCGACAAGCUUGGAGCUGGUGAGAUCACUACCCGCAUCACUGCCGACACCAAUCUCAUCCAGGACGGUAUCUCGGAGAAGGUCGGCUUGUCGCUGACCGCAUUGGCGACCUUCAUCUCGGCGUACGCCAUCGGUUACUACAAAUACUGGAAACUCACUCUCAUUCUCUCCUCCACCAUCGUCGCCAUCUUCCUCACCAUGGCGGUUCUUGGUCAAUUCAUUGUGAAAUUCCAGAAGAACUCGCUCGCAUCAUAUGCCGAAGGUGGUACCGUUGCCGAAGAAGUCAUCAGCUCCAUCCGCAAUGCCAUUGCCUUUGGUACGCAGGACAAAUUGGCCAAGGAGUACGACAAGCACUUGACUCUCGCUGAACGUGCCGGAUUCCGCAUGAAGGCUUUCACCGGUGGCAUGAUCGCUUUCCUUAUGAUGUACGUUUUCUUGACGUACUCGCUGUGCUUCUGGCUCGGUGCCAAGUACAUUGUCAGCGGCGAGACCACUCUCACCAACGUCCUCACCAUCUUAUUGUCCAUUAUGAUCGGCGCGUUUGCUCUUGGAAACGUCGCCCCCAAUGUCCAGGCUUUCACCACUGCUGUUGCUGCUGCCUCUAAGAUCUACGCCACUAUUGACCGACAGUCGCCACUCGACCCGACAUCCAGCGAGGGUCGCGUUCUUGAGAAACUGGCUGGUACAGUCGAGCUUCGCAAGGUCAAGCACAUCUACCCUUCGCGUCCCGAGGUUGUGGUCAUGGAUGGUGUCGAUCUUGUUGUUCCCGCUGGUAAGACAACAGCUCUUGUUGGUGCCUCUGGAUCCGGAAAGUCUACCAUCGUCGGCCUUGUCGAGCGUUUCUACGAUCCCGUCGGAGGCGAGGUGCUUCUCGAUGGUGUCAAAGUGUCAGACCUCAAUUUGCGAUGGCUCAGACAGCAGAUCAGCCUGGUUUCCCAAGAGCCUACCUUGUUCGCCACCACAAUCGCAGAGAACAUUCGACACGGUCUUAUCGGUACCCGCCACGAGGGCAUGUCUGAGACCGAGACACGCAAUCUGGUCGAGGACGCUGCCCGCAAGGCGAACGCCCAUGACUUCAUUUCUCAACUUCCUGAGGGCUACCAAACCAAUGUCGGUGAACGAGGUUUCCUGCUCAGUGGUGGACAAAAGCAACGUAUCGCUAUCGCCAGAGCUAUCGUCAGUGACCCCAAGAUUCUUCUCCUUGAUGAAGCGACUUCCGCUCUUGACACCAAGAGCGAGGGCGUUGUGCAAGCUGCACUUGACAAGGCUGCCGAAGGCCGAACCACUAUUGUUAUUGCACACCGUCUCAGCACCAUUAAGAACGCCGAUAACAUUGUCGUCAUGUCCAAGGGUAAAAUCGUCGAACAAGGAACUCAUCAAUUGCUUCUGUGGAAAAAGGGUGCCUACUACAAUUUGGUCGAGGCACAGCGAAUUGCUCAGGAGAAGGAAGAGAAGCAGCGCGAGGAUGACGAGAUCGAGACGAGACUCAUGAACCGACACACUUUCGAGGAUAAGAGCUUUGGCACUCCCGGUUACCAGGGAAGCCAUGACAGCGCUGGUCUCGAAUUGCUACAAAUGACUGAGGCCCAGGAACAAGCUGCCGGCGUCGAGUUCGCCAACCUGCAGAAGCAAGGCGUCGACCACGAGAAAUACAGCACCUGGUCCUUGGUGAAGAUGAUUGGUGGAUACAACAAGCAGGAAAUCCCCUACAUGCUGUUGGGUCUGUUCCUCGCCAUCAUUGCUGGUGGCGCUCAACCUGUGCAAUCCGUCUUUUUCUCCAAGUCCAUCGUUGCAUUGGCAGAGCCGCCGAGCCGAUACGCCGAGCUCCAGGAGCAGGCAAGCUUCUGGGCAUGGAUGUUCUUCAUGCUGGCCAUGGUUCAGUUCGUCGCAUUGAUCAUUCAGGGUGUCGCCUUUGCCUACUGCAGUGAGCGUUUGGUCCACCGUGCUCGUGACAGCGCCUUCCGUUACAUGCUCCGACAGGACGUCGAGUUCUUCGAUCGCGAGGAGAACUCGGCUGGUUCCUUGACUUCUUUCUUGAGCACGGAGACCACCCAUCUCGCUGGUAUGUCCGGUACCACCCUCGGAACGAUUCUUCAAGUCCUCACUACCCUCAUCGGCGGUUUCAUCCUCUCACUCGCUAUCGGCUGGAAACUCGCUUUGGUCUGCAUUGCCACCGUCCCCGUUAUUGUCGGAUGCGGUUUCCUCCGUUUCUGGAUGUUGGUUCGCUUCCAAGGCCGUGCUAAGCAGGCUUAUGAGAAAUCUGCCUCGUUCGCUUGCGAGGCUACAUCUGCAAUUCGCACUGUCGCUUCGUUGACACGUGAAGAGGACGUGCUCAAACUAUACGCCGACCAACUCAACAGCCAAGGUGCGAAGUCUUUGUCUACCAUCUUGAACUCCAGCUCGCUCUACGCCGCCUCGCAGAGUUUGAUGUUCUGCUGUGUUGCUCUGGGUUUCUGGUACGGUGGUAACCUCAUCUCUACUCACGAGUACGACCUGUUCGAAUUCUUCCUGUGUUUCUCCGCCGUCAUCUUCGGCGCCCAGUCCGCUGGUACUGUGUUCAGUUUCGCACCCGACAUGGGUAAGGCGAAGCACGCUGCUGUCGAGAUCAAGGCUCUCACCGAGCGUCAACCCACUAUCGACUCAUGGUCCAAGGAGGGCACUCACAUCAGUGACAUGAAGGGUCUGGUCGAGUUCCGCGACGUUCACUUCCGUUACCCGACUCGCCCUGAGCAGCCAAUUCUACGUGGUCUGAACCUCACUAUCCGCCCUGGUCAAUUCGUCGCGCUUGUCGGAGCAUCCGGUUGCGGAAAGUCGACUACCAUCGCCCUUCUCGAACGCUUCUAUGACCCAGUCAUGGGAGGUGUUAUGGUUGACGGUCACGACAUCUCCAGCCUCAAUGUUGCCAACUACCGUAACCACAUCGCCCUCGUAUCGCAGGAACCUACCUUAUACCAAGGUACCGUUCGCGACAACAUCCUGCUCGGUGCCGACAAGCGCCCUGAGGACGUACCCGAGGAGGCCAUUAUUCAAGCUUGCAAGGACGCCAACAUCUACGAAUUUAUUCUCUCGCUUCCCGAGGCCUUCAACACUGUCGUGGGUAACAAGGGUAGCAUGUUGUCGGGUGGUCAGAAGCAACGUAUCGCCAUCGCUCGUGCUCUCCUCCGCGACCCCAAGAUCCUUCUCCUCGACGAGGCCACCUCCGCGCUUGACUCCGAGUCAGAAAAAGUUGUCCAAGCUGCUCUGGACAAGGCUGCCAAGGGUCGUACGACUAUUGCUGUUGCUCACCGUCUGUCCACCAUUCAAAAGGCCGAUGUGAUCUUCGUCUUUGACGCCGGCCGUGUCGUCGAGUCGGGCACACACACCGAUCUUCUCGCCAAGCGUGGUCGGUACUAUGAGCUCGUCAACCUGCAGAGCCUCGGCGGCGCAUCAUCAUGA